GUGUCGUUCAUCCGUUGCUGCGUUUUGUGGUGAAUUGUCGUCUUUCCCCGGCCAUUAGAAUAGAGAUCAAGCGCAGACAUGGGAACUUACAAAGGAAGAAACGCGAAUUGAUGAUGGAGGUCACCAAAGACGAAGCUGCAACGCCAGGAUCAGGAGGUGCUCAACCUCCCAAUCCAAUUUCUAACGGUAACCCUAAUCCAAAUCCAAACCCUAACCCGAACACGCCUCACACCCCCAGAGGAUCCAAAGGAAAAUCGUGUAAGGGAUGCACCUACUACACAUCGCUUCAUAAGGCCAAGUCCAAAAACCCCACAUGCGUUGGUUUCUCCAGAGCACUCCAGCAAGUACCCCCUUUUGUUGUUGGAGAAACUGAGUUGGAAGCUUCAAAAGAGGGCCGCAGCCUUGCAAAUUUCAAGUAUGCAUGUAUUGGAUACUCUGUCUACUUAGACAACAAAGAUUCUUCUGCUGGCUCUCAGGAUAAAACAGCAAAAUUGCCCUUUUGUGUUGGUCUUGAGGUGGUCUUAGUGGAGAAAGCUUCAAAUUCAGAUGCUGGCCAUGUUCCUGCUACUCAUAAAACUGACGAUGAACAUGCUGCUCCUCAACCUCGAAGAUACAUACCUCCAAAUCAUGCGACAGAGUUCUUGAAUAGGUUUCAAAGAAAUGCAGGCCUGGUGGCAUCUGGUGUUGCCAAAAACUUGAACAAAGUGGGUAACUAUGUGAAAGAUCUCCUAAAUGACAUUCUAAACUAAUUCUACAAUACACCUUGCAUGUGUGGUACAUCCAUGCUCCCUUAAGUUGAUUUUACAUUUCAAUCCUCACCCCCCAAUGUGCAAGGUGCAUUAUAGAACUACUCCGACAUUCUAUCUAGGAGAACGAAGGUGACAUUUGUAAUUCGUGUCCGAAAUAAAUUCAAUUUUACACCUUGGCCAUUUUCCUUUCGUUUCUGAACUUCGUUAAAAUAUUUUUUUGUCCAAGUUGAGUUAAUGUGUAUAUAUAGUUUUGGAUUUCUUAUGGCCGAAGUAUGAUUAUUUUUUUUGUUCUGUAACAUCUUCGUGCGCUUCCAAUGUGGACCCCAAAAAUUUAUGUACUGGUUUGGCAGUAGCCCGUUGUUUUAUUUAAUAGAUUGGUAAAUGGCCAAAAGGACCGAUAAGUUGUCCACUAAA